AUGACGCGCGCAUGCACACUUCACCCCCCUAGCGCCUCCAAUCUGGAGGACGCGUUCCGGGCGCUGCGCGACAUCGCGGAGCGCAACGCGGCGCGCCGGCGGCGCAGCCCGACCGCGGUGGAGUACGCAGACUCAAUUCUGGGGCGCCUGCUGGGCCCGGACGCGCGCUUCUCGGGGACCCAUUCUGCCACCCCGUCCGCGGCAAACGCCCCGCCGACUGCCGGCGCCAGCGGCCACGGUGACAGCAGCGCCGGCACCCGGGGCGCUGGUCAAGCGAAACAGCUGCCCCUGCUUUCGCUGCUGGCGAAGGCGCGCGCCUCGGCCGCCGCUGCUAAGCAGCAGCAGGCCAAAGCUGGAGCCCGGGGCGCGCGGGCGCUGCCCACGUUGGCAGAGCUGCUGGCGGGCCCACAGGCGGCGGCCGCUGCGGCGGCGCACGGCGGCCUGAUCGAGUCUGAGCUAGCUGCCCUGUCUUCGAAGCUGCACGAUGCGUUGGACCGCCUGCGGGCGGCGGCCGCCAGCCCGCGCGCCAGUAUGCCCAGCGGCUGA